CCCGCCCGCGCACGCGCAUACCACAAACCAACGCCCGGGUGGCGAGGCGCGGGUUUGGUGGCGCGAUCUAGCGAAGUGGCACGUGAAGGAUCGCAGUGGCCCGAGCCGGACCAGCCAUGGCAGCUGCAGGCAGCAAUCCGUCAUGGAGCAAGCAUCUGCUCAGAGCCAUCCUGGUGGCCCUAGUGGCCCUCGUCUUCCUCCACUCAGCAUCAUCCCAGUCCCACCGAGACUUCGCCUCACCAGGCCAGCAGAAGAGGGAGGCCUCCGGUGACCUUCUGACCCAGAUUGGUCGAUCAUUGAGGGAAAUGCUAGAGAACUUGCUGGGGCUGGAGACCAUGCACUUGAUUACAGAGACCCUGUCCCAGGUGAUGUGGGCCAUUUCCUCAGCUGUCUCUGUGGCCUGCUUUGCACUGUCUGGGAUCGCUGCCCAGCUGCUGAGUGCCUUGGGGCUGGAUGGUGACCAUCUCACCCAGGGCUUGAAGCUCAGCCCCAGCCAAGUCCAGACUCUUCUGUUGUGGGGAGCAGCUGCUCUAGUCCUCUACUGGCUGCUGUCCCUUCUCCUCGGCUUAGUCUUGGCUUUGCUGGGGAGGAUCCUAGGGGCCCUGAAGCUUGUCAUCUUGGUGGCCAGCUUUGUGGGCCUGGUGAGGUCAGUACCUGACCCGUCUUCUCGGGCCUUGAUGCUGUUGGCCCUGCUGACUAUCUAUUCCUUGCUGAGCCGGCUCAUGGGCUCCAGGGCCUCUGGGUCCCAUCUGGAAGCCAAGGUGCGCGGGCUGGAGCGCCAGAUGGAAGAGCUGCGCUGGCGGCAGAGGCGAGCGGUGAAGGCCGCCCGGAACGUGGAGGAAGACUGACGAUGUCCCACCAUGCCACCCGCACCAUACCAAAGAGCUGAGCUGCUUCUGGGUCGCGUGGCCCUCCUUGCAGCCUUUUACCCUCUCCUUGCCCUGUGUCUGAACCUUCAGCAUCUCUACCCCUAGCCACAGCCCCUAGCUGAGAGAGGGAGCCCAGUUCCCUGUGGGUCCUUGAUCUGGGGAUGGCUCCCCGCCCUUUCUCUGCUCCUAGGCUGCCCCUGGAGGGGUCUGAGCCCCAGCUUCCCUGUCCUCUGCCACCUCCACUGGCCACUGUUGCUGGCCUUGUUGCUGAUUAACCUGUUACCCUCUGCUGCUGCCUGGCAUCUUCCCAAAGCUCUGGCUGUUCUGUCCUGAAGCUCCCUUUUGGCCAUGGCCCUAGCUCUUCUUGUCUCUUCCUUCCAACACUGACUCUCACCUGACCAUGGCUCAUCCCUGCACUGUCUUGCUCACUGCCCAGCAGUGGGAAAGUCAGAGGAUGUGGGACCUGAGGAUAAGGGAGGAGGAAACAGUCCCAAGGCCUGUGCUCCUGGAGUCAAUUACAAGUGCCUUAACCUAAACCAGCAGGGCCCUCUGCUUGCUGUAGCCACACUGUGUGUGGCAAAGGGUGCUGUGGCUGCUCUGUGGCCAGAGAAAGCAGUUCCUUGCAGAAUUCCCCUUCAGCCAAAAGGGCAGCUGUGGCUCCAUAGGCUUGUCCUGCAGGUGGAGCCCUGCGGCAGCUGUCAGAUGCCCUGUGGAGAUUUCGGAGGCUCUGGAGGAAGCCCGAGGACCUACUGCCUUGUCUACCCAUGUUGCAAGUGGUUUUCCACCCCUGGCCCUCCGCUCUCUGCCCCUAGGAGUGGCUGUUUAUGAAUGCAUACCCCAGCAGCUGGGAAAAGCACAGAGCAGUCCUUGUCCUGCCCUGUGGUUACAGGCUGAGCCUGGUCCUGUCCCUGACUCACUGACUUUCCACCAGGGUGCUCUCUGUCUCUUGGCUCUGACUGUUUUGAGGGGCCUUUCUCUUGUGAGGCCCUGGUGGAGGCAGGUGUCCUUCUGUGCCAGGCCUGUCGUAAGACGUGAAGAAUAAAUGCCCGGCUCUUAACGUUAAGGUUUGAUGUGGAAUCACAGCUGCAGUGAUAAUUUUUAUCAGCGCUUGGUUGGUUUUAAAUAAAGUGCACGCUAUUUUAUUAUCUACUUCUGAAUAAAAGUAUUUACUCAAA